AUGGCAAGCAGUGAAAGGAAAUCACUGAAGAAAAAACUGGAGGAGAUAAUCCACUACAGCACUGUGGGAUUUGUUCUGUCUGUGGCACAGGAGUUAGGGAUCUUGGAGCUUCUUGUCCUGACAGAUCAGCCGAUGACGUCACAGGAAGUGGCAAACAGAAAGGAACUCAAAGAAAGAUACACUCGUGAGCUCUUGAACUGUUUGGUGUGUGCACAGAUUGUUGAUGUCGAGUGCCAUGGCAACGAGCACUAUUACAACAUAGAUCGUGAGAAAGGGUCUAUUCUCCUAGAUGACAGUUUACCUUUCAUGGGAAGUGUAACGUCUUCAUACAUGCGCUAUGGCUCGAUAAAAAAAUGCAUACAAAAGGAUGGACCAUAUGGAUUGCCCUAUACCCAGAAUUUGCCAUCAGUGUUAGCUCUAAACAAGCUCAGCACACUCAGGUACAACACUGAGGUCGACAUUAUCCUACAGAACACACCUGGGCUGAUGGACGAACUAGAGGCAGGCAUCAACGUGAUCGAGAUAGGUUGUGGGAUGGGGGCGUUCAUUUCACGUCUGGCCAAGCGUUUUCCCGCUAGUACAUUUACAGGGUUCGAUUACUCCAGCUUCUGUUUGGAAAAAGGGAGAGAGGCGAUAUCAGCCAUGAACCUUCCAAAUUUAACCAUGAUCCAACUUGAUGUUUUUGAUAUACCUGAAGAGAUGUACGCCAAAUAUGACUUCGCUUUAACCAACGAGGUCAUCCAUUGUCUGCCUGACCCAACCCUGGGUCUGACCAAUAUCCGGAAACUGCUGCGACCCGGAUGUUAUUACGUCAUGACUGAAGUCGGCCCGGAAGAUGACGUUAUGUUAAACAAAAACACCCUGGGUGCAGGUCCACUCUACUGCAUCAGUGCCUUCCACUGCGUCCCCCAGACGUACCUGGACGAGAAGUCCACGACACACGGCGUAUUUUUGGGCAAGGAUACAGCCAUUCAAUAUGCCAAGGACACAGGUUUCAAUGUUGUCAGUUCUCAUCUACACUCCGAGUUGUUUGUCGUCUAUGUGCUCCAAGUUAUUUAA